CGACCGGCGUUCAUCUGGGCAGGGAGGUCACCGCCCUGAAAAUCAAGCUAUUGCCCACCGGCACCACCACCACCACCACCACCAAGCAAGGCUGUCCGUGGCGAGCAUGGACUGUCCGGGGAAGGAAGGCACCGAGGGAAGGAAGAGGAAUUUGACCCUGUUAAGGAACAAGCUGUACAUGGGGCAGAGGAGGAGGACGGAGCCCGUGGUGGAGAGCACCAACACCGCCGGGGACCACGGCAACUUGAGGAGGAGUCAGUCCGACAGGACAGAGUACAGCCAGAAAUUGCAAGAAAAAAUGGCUCCACAGGUGGUGUCCUCAACCCCUGCCACCCCGCUGCAGGAGGAUGAAGAAGUCAGCAGACGCAUGAUGUCCAGGAGGGUGAAAAUCAUUGCAGAACUGUUGCAGACAGAGAAAGACUAUAUCAGCGAUCUAGAUCUCUGCAUCAAGGAAGUGAUUCAGCCCCUGAGAAACAUGCAGAUUGCUCGCUUUGACGUGGAUGGCUUGUUUAGCAACAUUGAAUUGGUCCAUCAACUAUCAGCCAAACUGCUGUCAUUGUUGGAAGAAGCCACAACAGAUGUGGAACCACCCAUGCAAAUAAUCGGGGAAGUGUUCUUGCAGAUUAAAGGCCCACUAGAAGACACAUAUAAAAUCUAUUGCUAUCACCAUGAUGAUGCACACACCAUGCUGGAAUACUAUGAAAAGGAUGAAGAACUGAAGAAGCAUUUAAGAGACUGUGUACAGUCCUUAAAAAAGAUAUAUGAAGACGAAGGAAAGCCAAAUCUAAUGGAUCUGGGAUCCCUAUUGAUCAAACCAGUGCAACGGCUGAUGAAAUAUCCUUUGUUACUCCAUGAGCUCUUGAAUUCAACUCCUGCUUCUCACCCUGACCAUGAGGCCCUACAAGAGGCCCUUUUAACUAUGAAAAACAUUAAUGUGAACAUCAAUGAACUUAAAAGGAGGAAAGAUUUAGUGCUGAAGUAUAGGAAGAAUGAUGAUGAUGAAACCCUUAAAGAAAAGUUUUCCCGACUGAAUAUUCACUCCAUUAGCAAGAAAUCCAAGAGGGUCACCAGCCAUCUGAAAAUACUGACAAGGGGAGAACCUCAGGUGAAAGAUGGAACUUUUAAUAAGGAAGAAAAGUUGUUUCAAAGUCUAGAGAAGACUGUGAAAUUGUGUGUGAAGAACAUUUCGCUGUGUUCGCAACAUCUCCAGGAUUCUAUACAUCUGGCUGCCCAGAAUAUAACUGAGCUUCAGGAAAUCCUGCAAGAUAAAGAUGACAAAGUCAAUGACUGUUCAGAAAACCAAACCAACACUGCAAAUUUGUGUGAAGACUUUAUGGCUCAGCUGAACAAGCUUGUCUUGACUCCUCUCUCAGCACUGCAAGCCCUGUUUCCAGGCCCUCAGAAGCUCAUCCAGAAGCGCUAUGACAAGUUGUUGGACUACAACAGCUACCUUCAGAGGUCAGCUGGAGAAGAGCUGGACCUGGCAAAGAAAGACUAUGAGGCUCUAAAUGCACAGCUAGUGGAAGAACUUCAGGUAUUCAACAGAACAGCCAACAAGAUUGUGUUGAACUGUCUGCAUUGCUUCAUCACCCUCCUCAGGAAUAUUAUGUUUGCAGCACUUCAAUCAAACUCUGCUGUUGUGGUGCCUGUUCCCCUGUCCUCCUCAAGCAUCUGUGAAGUGCAGAAUCAAUUGAUAGAGGAGGUUCACAAGCUGAAUUUUGUAAAAGAAAACAGCAGUGCAACCUUUAUUGAGAGAAAAUUGAGCUUGGAAAGAAAGAAACCUGUUCCUUCUCCGCCGGAGUUCCCACGCCAAACAGAGGACCACAGGUCCAAGCUGCUGUCCACAUACAGCACCGAGUUGCUGUACCAGGCUAAGCGCAAGUGCAAUGCUGCACAGGAAUUCGAUAUUGACUUGCAUGAAGGAGAGCUGGUGGGUGUUGUUGAGCAAAAGGACCCCUUUGGAAGCACAAGCAGAUGGCUUGUUGACACAGGAAUCCUCACAGGGUACGUGUAUUCCUCCUUCCUGAGGCCUUACAAUCCAGCCAAAGCGCAGAAGGAUGUUGCAGAAAAUGGCUUUGGUGAUGAUGAUUUUGAUGACAUCAGCCUCUUUGUUUCUUCACGGCCCCCUACUGACAGCAGCACAAGAAGUCCAGGAUACAAGAAGAGUGACAGCAGCUCACCUUUUUACUUCUGUGAAAAUCCCACAAUUAAUGGCACAGGGACUGGUGCUCUUCAGGGUGUGGAUGAUCAGCAUGUCUUCUAUGCUGUUUAUGCAUUUCAAGCUAGAAGUGAUGAAGAACUCAGCCUUCAGGAGUACCAGAGGGUGAGGAUACUUCGCUUUUCUGACCUGAGUGGCAAUAACGAAUGGUGGCUAGCUGAAGCAAAAGGUCAGAAGGGAUAUGUACCAUCUAAUUAUCUAGGGAAGAUGACAUAUGCUUAGGAGGGGAAGGGCCUGUUGAACCAGACUCUGAAGCAGACAGAAUAAUCAUCUGUUAGGUUUGCUGCAAGCAAAGCAAGCUCACAAGCGAUUGACAGAAGCCACGGUAUCCAGCACACAGAUGAUACUGAGAACCUCCAUUCCCCAAAAGCCAUCACCUUGUCAAGACCUGCGGGAGGAAACAUUUAACAGGAAGACUGAUUCUGAUUAACAUGUUGAAGAGCCUGCUUUUCUAUUACCCCAUAAUUUUCUCUUUUGUCAAAGCGUCACACAUCAAGACUCAGCCUACAAGUACAAAUCACAGAUGAAAUUACAUUUUUCUUCCAUGAUAUUUAGCAAAUAAUAUUCAACAUGAAGCGAAUUAGCCUUGAAAAAGGAAAAAUUCAGUCAUCAGGGAUACUGUAGGCUGGGUUGUUCCUGAACUGUUAUCUCAGUGAACACAGACACCUCUUAAAACUUGAGCUUUUUUGAUUGUCUGUUUUUAUCCACAGCCUCUUUUGUGAAGAACCUUUUUUCUCAUUGGAGAUUAUUGGAUUGGGAAAAGAAAAAGGGCUUAAUUUUUAAGGAAACAUUUCAACUUAAAACAUACCACGUGUAGUGGUACCAGUGACUGGUCCCAGGGAAGAAGGUAUGUUUAGAUAAAUAUGGAAAUGCAGGAAGGAAAAGAGGAGACACUAGAAACAGGUACUGUGACAUAAAGAAGUUAUAAUUUUCAAAUGAAUUACACAACUGCUUCAUAUGGUAGAAACAGUUUGUAGCAAUAUGGAAGUGCCCCAGGUUUGAAAUCCACAUAUGUCUCCACACUAACUGCUUUAGUGCAGUGAAAUGAAACCUGUGUUGUUAGCCUUGGGAAAUUUACUGGUUAAAAAAAAAAAAAAAAAGAAAAAAAAAGAAGAAAUGUCAAGUGGUGCCUUUCAAUGAAUAUUUAGUGCCUCUCUGAUUCCUUAAGUCAGAUGCAGAGAUCAUUCAUAGUAUCCAGUGAAUAAGUUUCUUUAGGUUCAUUGAAUCAUUGCAGUGAUUCCUAGGUCAGGCUGGUGCCCGACACUUAAGAUAGACUGAAUGGUGACAGCGAACAGAAAACACCUCCUUGUGACUCUCAUUGAUAUCUGAGUGCUCCUCACCAGGUACUUCACUACAGCAAUGCUGAGGUCCUCUAGUGAUUAGUAAAGACCUGGUGCAAAGCACUGCAGGAAGGAAACAAAAAGGCGAUUACGCCUGCUGCAAACAGUGUAAUUGACAGUAAACUCCUGUCAGGUGUUUUCUGUAUUGCGUAAUUGCUUGUACUGAUGACUAAAAUGACAACACUGUUAAAAUCAAGGGCUGCAGGCAGGCAGUAUACAGAAAUUGUUCUAAAGCUUUUGCCCACUUCCCAUAGUUUGAAGAAUGGGGUUUGAAGAUGAAAUUAUUCAAAAUGCUUAGUGACAUGUAAUAGAAAAUAACCUGUCAGCAAAGAAAGGAUGAGAAAAGUUUGGGCAGUUGCUACACACAGUAGUUUCUGCUAUGUUAAUGAACCCGUUUUCAUUUUCUUUAAUGUCCUCAAUUUUCAGAUUCUUUUCAUAAAAGGGUAGAAAAAGUUGUAUGUCUUGCUCAGAGACUGAAUGCAAGGGAUCACAGAGAUUAAACCUGAAAUUUGUGCUGGAUUAAAUCAUAUGAUAGAGAAACUUUUAGAGUUCUCAGAUAGAUACCCAGACUCUGGUGUGGGAAUCUCUGUGAACUCCUGCUAUCCAGUGAGCAUUAUUUUGUCUUACUGUACAUCACCUCAGGCACUUAAAUCUUGCUGUCCCCAUAGCAAGCAAAAAGGGUUCUCAAUAAUUUUAUGAAUGGAUUUAGCAGCUUUUACAGAAAGCUUCACAUUUAGUUAAAUGAAGAAAAUAAAGUGCAGAGGGGAGUAUCAGCUUGGGAGAACAGACUGAAAGACUCACCCUUACCCUUUUAUGGGUACCCUUUUUUGGCUUUUAUAUUUUGAGAUUAUGAGGAAGAUACACACAAGGUUUUCAGCUCUGUUUUAUAGUUUAGAAUAUUUUAUUUGGAGAUUAUACUUUGCAAUAGUUGAAACAAUUUUAGAAAUGACUGAAUUGUACUUAAUAGGCUUAAUGCAGUCAUGUAAGCACAAUGAUGAAGUUUUGUAUUUCAGACAGUGAAAUUAAUCAAGGGAAAGAGGCAGGAAAAAAAAGAUUUCUUAAGUCUUAGCACUGAGAACUCAGCUUGAGUCACAGGGAGGGCUCUGAUUUUAAGUGUUAGGUACAUUCCCCAUUAAAAAUCAGACUCUGUGAAGGUGUCUCAAAGCGUACUCAAAUGCUGCUCUCCAAAAUAUUCGCUAGGUAUCCUGAUCCUGACAUAACAAGGAAUGAAGGAUGAAUAUACUGGAGCUGCCCACCUAAAUUACAUUGAAUUUCUGGGGGACCUGGGAACUCCUAGUAGGCCAAAUGAAAUCCUAGUGUAGGAUUAGGACCCAUAAUAAUUUUUAUAUUGUGGGAUAAUUAUAUGACUCUAUUAACUUGGAUAUAUGACUCUCAUAACUUGGGAUCCAGUAGAAGUACGUAAUUAGGUACCCCAGUGGGUUGGCUUACUCCAUUUCAGAAAUUCAAACUGUUAGCCUUUAUCAUUUGGUAUUAGGAAUAUAUUGCAAACUUUUAUUUUUGUUUCAAACAGAUGAAUGCAAACAGCAAUUGCAGAAAAUUAAGAGAUGAUCCUUGAAUCUAAAGCCUUCCAAAUUAAGGAGAUUUACAACAAUUAAUAUUAGACUUGCUUAGUCACAUAUUUGUAAAGACGGUGCUUUAAAUACUAGAAACUGAAGUGUGUUAGGGCUCAAGAAAUUUGUAAGAAUAUGCAAUGGUUUUGCCACUGGAUUUUUUUUUUAAUGUAAGGAAGGUUACAGUAUUCCAAGAGCUUUCUUAUUCUCAUUAAUGACAAAACUAAUUUAUUUUGAUUGAAGCAGGGACAGGCUGCAGUUUGCUGGAUUGAUCUUGCAUUUGUUCAAAUGUGCAUCAUACUUGAGCUGUUGUGACAAUAAAUAUGUACAAGUACUUCCAAGUCUGGGUCCACUCAAACUGAAGUGCUUCUCCAUUCAGGGAAUAUUUUUAUGUGUUGCCACUGAUAACCUGGAACUCAGAAAAUGUCCAAGCCAGUACACAGCAGAGUCCUCCUAGGUUCUGACCUCUGGCACCUCUAUGCUUCACCAUCUUCCCUUUGGCUGGAUGGUGCUUGUGAUCUUUGAGCAGGGGUUCAGCUUUUCCAUGCAAACACAGAUUGAAGAAUUAUUCCUCCUCGCUUUUCGUCUUUGAAAGCUUCACUGAGUAAUUACCUCCUUCAAACACUAAAGUAUACUUUUCCUGUCAUUUUAAGAUAGCUUUUAAAAAUGAAAAUAGAUGAAGUGGACCUACAACGUGUACUAGGAAACACAGCCAUGAUAAUCCUCCUUCCCAUAGAUCUGUUACUGAUAAUUCCUAUUACAAUAUUGUUUGAUGAGAAAUAGUAAAAAAAAUUAAAAAAAAAAUAAAUCUUUUAAAUUAUUGUAAUAAUAAAAAUCUAUUUUUGUAAAGAUGUUUGUUCUUAUUUAUUUUUCAAACAUGAUGUUUUCCAGAAGCACAGGCCUUUAUAUGAUAUCCAAGAUCUGCCUGCAAAGUUAGCAGAGGAAAUAGUUGCCUCAGAUAAAAUGUUGCAUUUCUAGGAUGCAUCCCAGCUUAUUGAUCACUACAUUAGAACUUUUCAAGCACUAUCAAAAAUAGUAAGUUUAAAAAUAUGUCAAGGUUCCAGAUGCCAGCACGGCUCUGUUCUUUUCUAGCUGCUCCUGAGAUUGUGACUACUAUAAGCUGUAGUAGGAUAAGAGUCUGUAAAUCACAGAGCCUUGUGUUAGACCUUACUUUUUAGAUGCAGAUAUCACCAGCAUCCCGUAGCCCAGCCAGAAGGAGCACACAUGGAACCAGAGUAACCUAGCAUUUCACAUUACUGAGGGUAUCAGAAGUUUGGCAUCUAUGAAAAAAACAUCAACUGCCAUUAAGUGGAAGUAAAAUACUACUACACCAAUUUCUAAAACAUUUAAGUCAGGUACCUAUUUUUAUAGUAAAUCACAGAGCAAUUUGGUCUGGGGACAGAAAAAUCACAAGACUCUUCUCCAGUUAUUUUACUAAAUAAGAGGCAUGUUUCUCAAAAUUCAGACGGGCAUUCCUUCUUCCUGCCCUACACUACAUUCUUCAACCUGACACACGACUUCAGUCAAACAAGCCUGUAGAACAGACUUUCCUGAAAAUACAGUUGUUAAUUCCAUCCUAACUAUAACAUCAAAGCAGAAAGCAACUGUUCCCUUCAAUCUUCUCUAUUUUUCAGCAAUGCCUAUCUAACAUACUCAAGCUAAACACUUAAUUAAAAAGUCCUGGUCUGUGCUAUAAAUCCUUUCUGAUAUAAUACUUCAAAGAGUCACAAUCCUAACUGACAUUUUUAUACCAAUGGAAGAAGACUUUGUAUUUCAUUUAGGAAGCUGGGAAAGUUGCAGUGGAAGAAAGUCUUUUGGUGAUGCAAACUGUACCUGUAUUGCAGAUUUUGUUAAUGCAGUGCUAUCAACAAGUGCAGCCAGACUUGGCCUUAUCAGAGGGAAAAGUGUGGCGCGCACAAAAAGCACACAGCAUCACUUAUUUCAUUCUGAAUGGAGGGACUCUACAGUCAAUCCAUGCCAGAGUUAUAGAUGCAAAGACACAUCAGGGCACACUUGAAUCAGGUCUCAGGAGUAUUCUAAAUGGCAUCGGCUACCACAGUUUAAAAACAAGGAUCAUUCUUUUUCUGCCCAUGUUCACCCCAUUGGUGGUACCUAAAGUAAUCGGCACAGUUGAGAUGUAAGCUCCUGCACUCUCACAAGCAAAGCUUUAUGGAUGUUCAGAGGUAAGACAGAGGCAGCUAGCACCUUGAACACUCCUCUGGGAGCAGGUUUUACUACUGGAAUGAACACUUCACAUAGGAGCACUUGGCCAUUUAGAGAGUCUGUCUUCACACUAUUUCUUCGUGUAGGCAACAGUCUUCUGAAAAACACUUAGGAAGAAAUUAUGCCUUCUGUUUGCUAAUGGAAACUGCGUCACUGUCUUUUCCUACUGUGCUACCAUUAAAACCCUCUGUGCUGGAAAGGAAGAAGGAUGGGCUGAUCAAAAAGCAGUAAAAGUUCUGAAUUCCUCCUCCUCAUGCUGUUAUUUUUACACAGCCCUGGAAGCUGCAGGCACUACAAAGAUAAAACCUGUCUUUUUUUUCCCUCCACAGGAAAUAAUAGCUGAAAAAAUAUGCAAAUUCUCCAGGCAGCUGAGGAAAUCCUGAGUAAAUGAAACAAUUCCUUUGGCUGUUUAAGGAACUUUAGCCUAAAUCUUAAUUGUGGAGAAAGGAAAUGAGGUAUGGGAAAUGGCUGCCAUGUAUCAAGCUUUACACACACUUAAAAUGCAGGAUGGCAAAGAAAAACAGCAGCUUUCACCUACCUAUGCCAGUCUGUGUGGCGGGUUGACCAUGGACAGAUGUCAGGUGCCCACCCCAGCUGCUCUGUCAUGCACUCCCCUCCUCAGCUGGGUAGGUGGUACAGAAAAUAAAAGAUGGAAGAGCCAAAGGUCAAGAUAAGUGGAGUGAGAAAUCACACCAAUUACCAUCAUGGGCAAGACUCAGCUUUGGGAAGAUUAAUGUGACUUAUUACCCAUCAAAUCAGAGUAUGAUAAGAGAAAAUAAUACUGGCCAUGCCAACCCAAUAAAGUCCAAGAUGUUUUCAUGUUUAGAGAUGCUUCUCUCAUCACAGAAGGAAUUGAGGGAAAUUGCCACAUUCUGGUCACAGAGAGAAAGACUCAAGGUCAUUUUCCAGUGCCCACCUUGAGCUAAUUCUGGGGUGAAGAGAGGGAGCACAAAUUGAGAAGAACAGCUCAGGGGUAAGAAUGGAGAGCUGGAGUACCUGAUGCUUCUCAAAUACACGAUGGUUGUCUACAUUUUAAGAAAACUUGAAGACAGUUUUGACUCUUCUGUUCUUUUUAGUUGAAGUGUCUCACUCUAUUAAACCAAAAUAGGCCAAUUUAGCAAACUGCCAAACCAAAAAUCUCAAUUUAAAUGCACUGUUGUUGAACAGUGAAAUUUUGAAAUUAAAAGAAAGUAUUUUUUCCCCUAACAAGCUUUAUAAUUUGAGGUAAUAAA